GGAGCCCAGCUGGACACCGGGAAGCCUGCCCUCCGUAGGUUGUCAUUCCUUUCCCACGGUUCCAGAGCAGGAGGAAGGAAGGGCGCUGCCCUCGGUCUUGAUGUUGCUUGUCUUGGGGGUCACUGUCCGCUGUCCUCCCCAGGUGCUAGAGCUCUAUGGCAACGAGAUCACCAGUGUGGAGUGUCUGUGCGCCCACCCGCCCCCAGGCCUCCAGCACUUGGGUUUAGGCCACAACAAACUCCUGGGAGCCCUGGAAAGCCUAUACGUCACCGCUAAUCACUGGCCCAACCUUGUCUCCCUGGACCUGGGCUUCAAUGACCUGACGGACCUGCAGAGCAUGGUGGACAGCCUGCACACCCUCCGGCAGCUGCGGCUGCUGGUGCUGCAGGGGAACCCGUUGGCCCUGGUGCCCUACUACCGAGGCCUCACCGUCGACACCCUGUCUCGACUCUGCGUGCUCGACGACAUCACUGUGUCUCCCAACGAGAAGCAUCAGUUCCGGGGGCUCAGCAUCAAUGGGGAUCUCUUGGCCCAUGAGGCACAGCUUGUGGUGACCAUUGGGAAUGUCAGAGGGGUCCUGGACUCCUCUGUGUUGGACCCGGAACCAGGGCCCGAAGGACCUUUUAUCGCAUACAGCUAUUAUGUGACCUACGACUUUGUGGAAGAUGAAGAAGGUGGAGGAAGUGAAUACGCCGGGGUGCUGGCGGAGAUCGUCAAGCCCUUGUCCAGCACAGAGAUCCUGCCCGAGGAGUCUCCCGAGGAGGACAUUGAAGAGGCCGAGGAGUCUGUGGAGUCGGGCGGGAUGACCGAGUCUGGGGAGCUGGAGGGGUCGGUCUCCGUGGGAGGCUCGGCUGUCCUGCCGAGGUCGGUUGACUCAGUGGAGGAGCUGGCAAAGCUGCGGCCUCGCAUUGAUCCCCGGCUCUGCCCCUCCCCAGGGACAGUUCUCUUCAGCACGGUCCGCAAGCCCUGGAGCGACGUCAUUGCCUGCGACUACGAGAUGCAGCACACCCUGCGGGACCUGGUGCCACUCAAGGCCUUUCUGCUGGCAGGGACCACGGUGACCAUUGUGCAGGAAAAGAUUCUCUCCUGGCCGCUUGUCGCUCCUCCCUCCGAGAGUCCCUCAGCAACCAAGAAAGGAAAGCCGGAGAAAGACAAGAAGGGCAAAGACGACAAGAAAGGCAAAGAUGACAAGAAGGGCAAAGAUGACAAGAAGGGCAAAGACGACAAGAAAGGGAAAGGAGAGAAAGAGGCUAGUAAGGAACAGAAGGGGCCCAAGAAGAAGAAGGAGCUUCCUAAGGAGCUCCGGCAAGACCCGCCCAUUCUGACGGUGCUGGGCAGAGGCCUGGUGGCCCUGGAGUCCCUGCUGGCCGGGGAGUCACUGGUGUCCACUGUGUGCAACUUUGGUGUGGUCCGCACCAUCGAAUCGGACAAGCUGACGUUUGCCAGGGACCUGAAGAAAAGUAAGAGUAAGAAAGCGGUAAAAAGAGACGCUAAGAAAACCGACGUCCUGCCGAGCGAAGACAACCACCAGCCCGAGCCGCUCACGGUGGAGGUGCAGAUCCAGCUGAACCAGUGCCGCACGGCCGAGGAGGCGCUCAAGGCCUUCUCCAUUUAG